UUCAAUUCCUCCCCGAAAUCUCUCUCCCGCAAUGCCUUACGCCCUCUCUGAAUCGCACAAGCAAUUGGUCUCGGGCCAUUUAGCCGAAACCGACCCGGAAGUCGACCAAAUCAUCAAGGAUGAAAUCGACAGACAAAGACACUCCAUCGUGCUCAUUGCUUCUGAAAACUUCACCACCACCGCCGUUUUCGACGCCUUGGGAACGCCCAUGUGUAACAAGUACUCCGAAGGUUACCCUGGUGCCAGAUACUACGGUGGUAACGAACACAUCGACAGAAUCGAGCUCUUGUGUCAGGAAAGAGCCUUGAAGGCCUUCAACGUCACUGCUGACAAGUGGGGUGUCAAUGUUCAGACCCUUUCUGGUUCUCCAGCCAACUUGCAAGUCUACCAGGCUAUCAUGAAGCCCCACGAAAGAUUGAUGGGUUUGGACUUGCCUCACGGUGGUCAUUUGUCCCACGGCUACCAAACCGACUCCAGAAAGAUCUCGGCUGUUUCUACUUAUUUUGAAACCAUGCCAUACAGAGUUGAUUUGGCAACUGGUUUGAUCGACUACGACAUGUUGGAAAAGACUGCUGUCUUGUUCAGACCAAAGGUUUUGGUUGCUGGUACAUCUGCUUACUGUAGAUUGAUAGACUACAAGAGAAUGAGAGAAAUCGCCGACAAGGUCGGUGCCUACCUUGUUGUCGACAUGGCCCACAUCUCUGGUUUGGUCGCUGCUGGAGUAAUUCCAUCUCCUUUCGAAUAUGCUGACAUCGUCACCACCACCACCCACAAGUCGUUGAGAGGCCCAAGAGGUGCCAUGAUCUUCUUCAGAAGAGGUGUCAGAUCUGUCAACCCUAAGACUGGUCAAGAAAUCUUGUACGACUUGGAAAACCCAAUCAACUUCUCGGUUUUCCCUGGCCACCAAGGUGGUCCACACAACCACACCAUCACUGCUUUAGCUACUGCCUUGAAGCAAGCUGCUACUCCUGAGUUCAGAGAGUACCAGGAACAGGUAUUGAAGAACGCCAAGGUGUUGGAAACUGAAUUCCUUGCUAAGGGAUACCAGUUGGUUUCCCACGGUACCGACUCGCACAUGGUGUUGGUUUCCUUGAAGGAUAAGAACAUCGACGGUGCCAGAGUUGAAACCGUCUGUGAAAAGAUCAACAUUGCCUUGAACAAGAACUCCAUUCCAGGCGACAAAUCUGCCUUAGUUCCAGGUGGUGUAAGAAUCGGUGCUCCUGCCAUGACCACCAGAGGCUUGGGUGAAGAAGACUUCAAGAAGAUCGUCACCUACAUUGACUUUGCCGUCAACUACGCCAAGGAGCUUCAAGCUUCGUUGCCAAAGGAAGCCAACAAAUUGAAGGACUUCAAGAGCGCCGUGUUGAACGGUGACGACGAAAAGUUGAAGGCUGUAAAGGCCGAAAUCUCGCAAUGGGCUGGCGAAUUCCCAUUGUCUGUUUAAGUUUUUAACAAACGACCCAAUUAUGAUAAAAUCACGUAUAAAUUUCUUGAAAAAAUGACUACGAAACUUGUAUAGCUUCAUUUCUAUGUUAUGGCUUAUGGCAAGCAAAACAUUCCAUACUACUUGAAUUCAACAUUCUUAAUGAACUUGAUGUAGUUUUUAUGACUAUGGUAUUCAACAUCUACAUAUACAUACAUAAUAUUAAUUCUACUUAUACAUAUACUAAUUAC